AUGUUCAAGUCGAAUUACGUGUUUGAAUGGAUUCCCGGGAACGAUAACGUCCAGAACUGGAUCGACUUCCACUAUGCGCAUGGUCCUAAUUUGGCUGAUGGGGGAAGGCCAUGUAUUCAAAUCGAAGAUGCAACUGACUUGGACGGCCCGUAUAAGGAGGUCAUGACGAAGCUUGGUCAAGCAUUUCUUCACUACCGCAUCCCGGAUUUAGGCAUUACGUUGUUCGAACAAUGUGCAACAGUUGUAUUAAUAUCGUCGGAUGCCAUUUCCCGGUAUCGGCAGUAUGAUCGAUGGCAUUAUGUCUGGUGUGGGACCUGUCGUGCUGGAGAACGAGGAAGCGCUGAGGAGUGGGCUGAUUUGAAUCUGAAAUUCCCGUGUGCUGUCCUUCUGGAACACGGACGUGAGCAACUGUGCAGACUAAUUGCGGAAUUUGAACUGGUCCACAAACGUGCCGGGAAUUUGAAGUAUGUCUACGAAGGACUGGUAGCCGGAAAAAUGUACAAGGAACUGAUGGCGUUUCGCUCUGACUGGAAACGCUUUGAGCCGCAGCUGUACCGCGCUGUUAUGGAGGGCAAAGAUCUGCUGGAGCAGUUCAAAGCGUUCAACGAAGAUACUGCGGAUGACGAAGAAAUCCAGACAAUAGCAUGGCUUGAUGACAUAAUUUUGGAAGAGUUUAGCCAGCACGAACGCAAGCAACUGUUACGAUUUAUCACCGGAUCGUACAUGGUACCUGCAACGCCAAAGAUUGAAGUUUCAUUCACAUUCGCACGGGACGGAAACCGACGUCCAACCGCUACGACCUGUACUAACAAGCUGACUCUUCCGAGCGGAUGCAUGAGCAAAGAGCAACUACUGGAAGGUUUGCGGGACUGUAUUGCGUCAGUGGAUAAUGAAAUGCAGGGGCAUUUCCAGUUUAACUGAAUCGUACUGGUACAUGGUAUGCAGUUUAUUGUGGAAAACUGGAAUUGCGGAUUAAACGGAACUGCGGAAUUGCGGAUUAAGCGGCAUCACUAUGACGCUGGAAUGAGCUAUACUUGAACGAAAUGAGUCGUGUUCAUGUCAAUAUUGAGAUUUUUUAGCUUUUUGUGAUUUUGCUUUGUCGGCAUUCUCCUACAAUUAUGUCGAUUUGAAUUAGAACGUCAUUAAGAUAUAAUAAUAAGCUUCGAUUUAUUAAUUUUAGCUUUUGAGAUUUGCUUGCUUGGCAGCGACUGACUUCAGAAUAAUGAUGUGCAUUUAUGGAAUGCCUUUUGCUGUGCUGGUUAUCAGUGUUCCAGUAACUAAUUGUGAAACUGAAACGAUUUUGAUUAAAUGCGCCGUUCGUCAGCCAAAAAAACUGAUACCGACUACUCAGAGACAAGUAGAAAUUCGCCAGGUAACUGUUUUGAAAUUGGACACUAGACU